AAUAAAAAUGAGAAUAAAAAAAAAGUAACAAGAAGAAAAGUAAUUGUGGCAAAUAUGACAAACACGACCGCAGAUUUGUUGGAGAAUAUUUCUUCAUUUAAUAAUACAAACAAUGUUAAUAUUUCUUCUUAUAUCGCUGAGAACAAUUCUUCAUCGAAUUGUACAACUUGUAUUGAUUUCAACGAUAAUGUUUCCGAAGCUCUAAAGUCCGCUACAGAUAACUUGAUGAUUAUUAUGGUACUAAUAGUAAUGAUGGCAAUGGGUACAGAUAUAUCUUGGAAUCAGAUUUGGAAACAUUUACGAAGACCGUGGGGAGUCAUCAUUGGAGUAUUUUGCCAUUACGUUGUUAUGCCAUUAUUAGCUUUCAUGUAUAAACAUAUUUUUCAAUUGGAUUCAGAAAUAUCCACGGGAUUAAUUAUUGUAUCUUGUUCUCCUGGUGGUAUAUUAUCGAAUAUUUUCAAUUAUUAUUUAGAUGGAGAGGUAUCUUUAAGUGUCACCAUAACUGCGAUAUCCACUACUUUAGGAUUAGGACUGAUGCCACUUAACGUUUGGAUAUAUUCGAGAGAAAUAACUGCAGGUCAAAUAAUUAUAUCUUUUGUCAAUAUGAUAAUAUCAUUAGUAACAAUAACUUCUCCCAUAUUCGUUGGUAUGCUCAUAAGAUGGAAAUUUCCAAAUAUAUCAGCUCAUAUCACUAAAUGGGGUAGUGCGCUAGGAUUUCUUCUCUUCCUCAUCGUAUUCAUAUUAGAAAUGAUUCCUUUCAGAAAAGUUAUUCAUGAAAUAACUUUAAAAUUAAUUUUAACUACAAUUCUUAUGCCCGCAACUGGCAUUAUCAUUGGAUAUUUACUAGGUUUCAUUUCUCGAAGAUCUCGAUCAGUUUGCACUACAAUAGCUAUUGAAACUGGAAUUCAAAACGUGCCUGCUGCGAUCACCGUCAUUACUUUAUCUUUCCCUGUUCAGGAACAGAUUAAACUUCUCCUGGCACCAUGUUUUUAUUUAGUAUUUCAAGCCGUUAUAGGCAUUCUUAUGUGCGUAAUUUAUAAAAUUUCAAUAAAAUGUUGCAAAAAGCCAGGAAUUUCGAGACAAAAUAUAAAUAAAGAUGUUAAACAUGCAGAAAAAGAAGAAAUUUGAUAGCUAUUUGCAAUUACAAGUACUCUUUACGAAUUUUGUCUUAGUAUCUGGCAAACAAUUUCUAAUUUUUUUGUAAAAAGUUUUAAACAACCUUUUAUGCACUUUAUCACAAGAUUGGAUAUUGUUGGAAUAUUGAUUGUGACAUUGUUGGCAUUCUUGUUAGAUACAUGGAACCGUUGACACCGCAUUUAGAGAGAAUUAAUUUUACGCUUUUCAGCCGAACCUGAGCUGUAUUACCACAUACUUGUGUGAUGCAGCAUUGAAACGAAUUGUUAUUAGUUUUAAUGCUACGUAACGACAUCAUUUUGAAGUAAUUUUAAACGUUAAAAAUGGAGCAUAAUUUAAAUGCUCUUUACCAGCAAAGUUAAUUUGAACUGAUGCGAACGAUGAGCAAUACUGUAUAUCCGAAUCCGAAAAUAUAUUUAUUAUUGGUCCCUAAUGCAACACGUGGUCUACUCUAAAAUGAAUGUAAAUGUAAAGGCUUACCAGUAGCAGAGUAGAUAAAACGUCUGAACACUGUUAAUUGGUUGUGGGUUCGCUCCUCGCCAACGAGCUGGCCAUGUAAAGUUUUUCGCAUUUUCUUCACGUUUGGAACACCUAAAUAGGAGCCAGUUUUUCAUAAAAAGGCAUCACACUUGGCACUUGGGACACGUGCCAAGGGUGAUGCAUGCACAAUGCCUACGUGUCGCGUUGCCGCAACCAAAUAAAUCUGUAAAUGUAAAACGUACCUCUACUUCUAACAAUUAAGAAUUGAUGAAAACAAUCUUACAGUUGAAGAAAUGAGAUAUUUCUUUUGUCCUUUAGAUAACAAACAUUUUCGUUAGAUAAAAUUAAAACUAAGUCUAAAGUCAUUUGAUAAUAUUACGUUAUAUAUAUGCAUUUCCAACCAGUCUAUUUUUAAAACUCUUUCCGCCCUGUGGGCACUAAUAAGGCCUCUUUUAGCAAGCCCAUUAUGACUUUGGCCAGGCUCACAAUGGGGUGGCCGGGUGGUGAGAAACGGGGCCCGACAUACCUAGACGGACCACCAUCUGAAAAAUUCCCGAUGCUUUUUUGACCCGUCCGGAUUUGAUUCCGGGUCCCUCAGACAGGUAAGCUACCACAUAUACCAUAUAUACCACAUAUCGGCGAUCCGGGCUGUCCCAUUUCCAACCAGAUAGUAACUCAUGUCUUGCUCACAUCCUUUAUUCACUGAAUCAGUUUACAUGUUUCACUUUGAUUACAAUAUGCAUUUCAAAAUGUUGACAAGUACUGUACAUUUUAUAAAUUUUACACUUACGUAAAAUAAAAUUUCAAUUGCGGUUGAAUUUCCGUAUUUGGGGUGAUUAAAAAUCGAUAUUUUCCAGAUAAAUCUAUACUAGUUCUCAAUUAGCCCCAAGUGUUUUUUACAUAUGCCUGAACGUAUGUAAUACUGUCGGAUGGUCGAGCAGUUAAGAUGGCAGACUUCCAAUCUGGCGACCUGAGAUUGUAUCCGGACCAGUCAAAAAUCACAGGAAUUUUUACAGGUGAUCCGUUCGGAUAUGUUGAGCUCUGUCCCUCACCAUCCGGUCGCUCCACUAUAGGCCUGUCAAACUCAUAAUCGGCUUGCUAAGUAGUUCUCUUUGUAUGGAGUCCGAGGAUAAAGCUUUUGUUAAUUUUUUUUCUUUUUAACAAAUGAAAUACGUUCUGUAGAAUAUGUUCUUCUUAAUAAAAAGCAGUUUUAAGUAUUACUUUUGUUAGCAAAAGUAACAUUAACUUAUA